AUGGCAUCGAUAUCGAGCAUUCUUAUUUGCAGCCCGCUGCGAGUAGUUGUAAUAAUGUUGUUCGCGAUUACCAUCAUACCGACUGGUUCGACUGGUCCGACAACUACAAAAACCUAUUUCUAUACAACGGCAAGAGAUGAACACACAGCAAAAAACUAUUUUACAACGAGAGAAUAUGGUUCAACUAUCCAGAUGUUUACAACCCAGGGAAGCACGCCUGCAACAGUGACAUUGCCAUCAAUAACAACACGACCAUCAACAAAACACGGAAAAAAUUUAGACGACGCUCGAUUCGUCUGCAUCAACUCUUAUUGCGUCUUUUAUAACUGGUUCUACCCGACGUCUGGAGUUCAACACACAACCACAAGAAACUAUUUCUACCCAACAUCAGAAGUUCAACACUCCACCACAAGAAACUAUUUCUACCCGACAUCAGGAGUUCAAUACACAACCACAAGAAACUAUUUCUACCCGACAUCUGGAGUUCAACACACAACCACAAGAAACUAUUUCUACCCGACAUCAGGAGUUCAACACUCCACCACAAGAAACUAUUUCUACCCGACAUCAGAAGUUCAAUACACAACCACAAGAAACUAUUUCUACCCGACAUCAGGAGUUCAACACUCCACCACAAGAAACUAUUUCUACCCGACAUCUGGAGUUCAACACACAACCACAAGAAACUAUUUCUACCCAACAUCAGGAGUUCAACACUCCACCACAAGAAACUAUUUCUACCCGACAUCUGGAGUUCAACACUCCACCACAAGAAACUAUUUCUACCCGACAUCAGGAGUUCAAUACACAACCACAAGAAACUAUUUCUACCCGACAUCAGGAGUUCAACACUCCACCACAAGAAACUAUUUCUACCCGACAUCAGGAGUUCAAUACACAACCACAAGAAACUAUUUCUACCCGACAUCAGGAGUUCAACACUCCACCACAAGAAACUAUUUCUACCCGACAUCAGGAGUUCAACACACAACCACAAGAAACUAUUUCUACCCGACAUCAGGAGUUCAACACUCCACCACAAGAAACUAUUUCUACCCAACAUCAGAAGUUCAACACUCCACCACAAGAAACUAUUUCUACCCGACAUCAGGAGUUCAAUACACAACCACAAGAAACUAUUUCUACCCGACAUCUGGAGUUCAACACACAAGCGACUAUUUUACGACGAGAGAAUCUGGUUCAACCAUCCAUUUAUUCUCCAGCCAGAAAAGCUCGCCCGCACCAGUGACAGCAACAACGAGACCAAAAAAUGAUGCUCGAUUCUUCUGCAUCGGCUCCUUUUGCAUUUUUUAUAACUGGUUUUGA